AUGAAUCCUAAGUCGAAGCUUCUCCUGGACGAGAUGCAUCGCCUCUUCACCAAGUCGGACCGCAAGUGGGAUUCACGCUUCGCCGAUGCGGAUCGGAAGUGGGAUGCCCGCCUCGUCAACAGCGAGAAACGCCUCGAGCAGCGCUUUGUCGAGAUCGAUGACUCCAUCACCAAGCGCUUCACCGAGGUCGACGAUUCCCUCACCAAGCGAUUUGCUGACUCUGAUCUCAACUGGGAGCGGCGCAUCACGGACUCCGAAGUUCGUCAAUCCGCCCUCCUCACAGCUAUCGAGCAGCGUCAUGACUCCCGCAUUGACUUCGUCAUUCAGUCCACGGGUUCCCUGGAGUCCUAG